AUGAUGUUUAGGGUUUUGAUUUUUCUGUGCAUUAACAUAAUUUGUUUUAUGUUGAUUGAAGGGUUUAAAAUAAACAAGAAUAAUAUAAUUAUACAUAAAUAUAAAAAACAUGGGGGAUAUAAUAAAAUAAACUCGUCUGCAUUAAGAAAGAUAAAACAAACAUACACAUACAAAAAGUUUGCAGUUCAUUUAAAAUCAAAUGACAAUUCAAUAAAUAAUAUAAAACAUAGAAAUAUAAUAAAAGAACAGUUAUCUAAUUUUUAUAAAAAAAAUGUAUAUUUGUUUUCAAAAAUAUUAUUGUAUAUGAAAAAUGGAACAAGUUUUAUAACAGAAAAGUUUACAACUUCAUUAGGUUCACAGAUUUUAAUUUCUAUAUCAUUUUUUUUUUUACAUUUUUAUUUAUUGUCUAAGAAUUUUAUUAUUUUAUUUCCCUAUCAGCUAAUACCUAAUCAUUCGAAUAUUCUUAUGGGCCUAGAUUUUAAUAAUGCAUUUCUUAUUUUUUCAUCGUUAUUUUUUUUAAAAAAUAUUAUAUCAAAUUUUGGAAGUUUUAAAACCAGAUUAGCACCAAACAGAUUUACAAUACCUUUGAAAGAAGACAAGAGAAAAAAUAUAUUAACAGUAGCAGUUUUAUUUCUUGCCUCCUAUAUAUUAUCAGGGUAUGUUUCGAUAUACGCUGAGCAGAUAUUGAGAUAUUCCAAAUCCUUUAAUUUGGAUAUCUCCGACACGACUAUAAAAUCAUUGCAGAUACUAAUUGGGCAUUUCAUGUGGGUAGGGUGCAGUGUUAAAAUAUUCAGUAAAUUUUUAUACCCUUAUUUCAAAAACAAUGUGAGCAGUUUAAAUUUCCGAUACAAAGAUAGUUGGUGUUUUAAAGUUAUAUAUGGAUAUGUAUGCUCUCAUUACAUUUUUAAUAUUAUAGACUUAUUGAAUAAUACAAUAAUAAAUUAUUUUCACAAUGAUGAUGAUAUAUAUAUAGAAAACAGUAUAGACAAUAUAAUUAAUGAAAAAGAAUUUCUUUCAACAUUUUUAUGUGUAAUAAGUCCAUGUUUUAGUGCCCCAUUUUUUGAAGAAUUUAUUUAUAGAUUUUUUGUUCUUAAAAGUUUAAGUUUAUUUAUGAAUAUACAUUAUGCUGUUACAUUUUCAUCAUUACUUUUUGCUAUUCACCAUUUAAAUAUUUUUAAUAUAAUACCUUUAUUUUUUUUAUCAUUUUUUUGGUCUUAUAUUUAUAUUUACACAGACAAUAUACUUGUCACCAUGAUUAUUCAUUCCUUUUGGAACAUUUACGUUUUCUUAUCCUCCCUCUAUAGCUAG